AUGGAGAGAUUUAGCGCGAAAUUGAGAAAACGUUUCCUAACAUUUGAGGAAGGGAAAGAACUAGUUAUGAGUACACUCAAAACAGGAAGAGGAAUCGAAAUUCUUAACAAAGCCUUUAGCCAUAAAAUCUUGCUAAGAUAUGCAUUUGAUAAAAUAAAAAUUAGUGACAAAAACCAAGUUAGGGACAAAAAUCAAGUUAGGGACAAAAACCAAAUUAGGGACAAACUAAAAUCGGACGCAAAACAAAAUGAUUGCAUUAAGUUGUGGCAUAUAGAACGAAACAUCAAGUCAAAUUUUGUUAAAUUAUUUAACGAAUUAUAUUGUAAAUCUAAAAGGAAGAAACAUGUUAAGGAGAAUAAUGGAAGACUUAAAUUUUUCAAAGGAUUUAAAAAAAUAUAUGGAAUAAUAAAAAUUGAGGCAAUAGCAAAUUUACACGUGAAGAAGUUAUUGAAAUUUUUUUUUUUCAAAUUAUGCACACAUUAUAAGUGUAAGAGCAUUACCAAUAAUAAUAAAGGGAAAAUAAAAAGAGAAAUAAAAAGAGAAAUAAAAAGAGAAGUAAAAAGAGAAAUAAAAAGAGAAGUAAAAAGAGAAAUAAAAUUCGUGCCACACAAAGAAGAAAAUUCAGCAAAAUACAUUACACAUUGUGAAAUUUCAAAAGGUUAUACGUACUUUAAACACACUCGUAACAAUUUAAAAAAAAAAAUUCCCUCAAACUAUUUCUCCCAUAACGACAUAAUACCAGUAAAUUACCCAUAUGAUACUUAUGUUAUAGAAAAAGAUGAAGUGCUCAAGAUAGACUCGUUUUCAAAUGCAUACACCUUAUUACCAUUAACACCUCAUUAUUAUUACAAUUUACCGUCUAUAAGAUUGUCUCAUAGUUGA